CGCCGGCGAGGAGGAGGAGGAGAAGAAGGAGUCCGUCGUCGUGUCGCUCUCCACGUCGGCCAACGCCGACGACGGCGAGAGCGGCGGCGGCUUGUACGCGGACGCGGAGGAGCGCGCCUUCUACGAGCAGCUCCCCGACUUGCGCGCGGUGCUCCCCGCCGUCCUCUUCUCCGAGGAGGGCGACGCGGACACGUCCGGCCUCGAGGAGGCGAUGCGCCGCCUCCCCUCCUGCUCCUCGCGCCGGGAGGUCGACGACCUCGCUUCGGAGCUCACCAUGCGAGGACUCCGCUCCGCCCGCCGCCCGCUCGUGCGGGCCCUCCUCUCGCCGCCUGCCAGCGCGGCGGACGCGCCUCGCUGCUACGCGCGCCUCGCCGCCGUGCUCUCUGGCGCCUUUAAGCACGUCGGCUCUGAGGUUGGGUCACUCGUCGCCGCAGAGUUCGAGCAGCUCGCGGAGCGGCCCGAGCAGGACUUGCCCGCCCGGCUGCGCAACGCGGCGUACGUUGGCGAGCUCGUCCGGUUCGGACUGGUCUCGCCGCCGAGCGUGUUUGGAAUGUUCAAGGCGUGCGCUGGCGCCUUCUCGGCGGCGCAGCUCGGCGUCGUAGUCGCGUUGCUCGAGGCGUGCGGCCGCUUCCUGCACGCGUCGCCCGCGUCCCACGAGCGGAUGGACGCGAUGCUGGGCGCGCUCUCGCAGCUCCGCUCCGUCCACCGCGCCCUCCCUCCCGACCUGCUCGCCGAGCUCGACGCUGCCAUCGCCGCUUGCCGCCCAGCCGAGGAGAUCGAGGCGCGGGCGGCGCCCGAGCUGCCGCCGCUGCAGCGGUACGUCCUCCACCUCCUCCACGAGCAGCUGACGGCCGGCACGGCGGAGGUUGUGGUGCGACAGCUGCGCAAGCUGCCUUGGCGCGACGAGCCCGAGGUUGGGCGCUGGUUCGCCGCCGCCGCGCUGUCGGCGGCAGAAGUGCGCUUCCACGCCAUCCCGCUGCUCGCGACAGUCUGCUCGCACUUGCUCCCAUUCCAGGAGGCCGCGGUGCUGCGCGUCGUCGACGGUGCCGUCGAGGCGAUCGCGCUGCGCCUGGUCAUCGACCGGCCCGGCAUCGACUUCGACGCCGCCAAGCAGUCGCGGCGGCGCGGCUGCCUGGUGCGGCUGGUUGGCGAGCUGUACGCGUACCGGCUGCUUGACUCGCGCGCUAUCCUGCGCAUCCUCUACUGGCUCGUCCCCAAGCAGGCGGGCGUGUGGGGCCGUGUCGUGCCUAUCACGCACGUGCCGGCCCACGCAGAGGCGGCCGGCGCCGAGCCGGCGGCGCGCACGGGGAGCCCCUCCUCGACGGCCCCGCGGACUGCGGCCGACUGCGGAUGGCGCUCGCGCUGCUCGACGUGGUUGGCGGCUUCUUCUCGCGCGGCCUCGCGCGCAGGCGUGGCGGGGGUCGGCCAGCGGCUCGACGUGUGGCUGGUCUACCUCUCGCGCUACUUGUUUUGCAAGACGGUGAGCGUGGACGUGCGUUUCGCGCUGCACGACACGCUCGCGGCGCUGCGGCCGCAGCUUGUGCUGCCCGACAGCUACGAGCAGGCGUGCGCGGCGGUGGCGCGGCUCGAGACGGUGAUGGCGGACGACCAGGCGCAGGGCGAGGCGCUAGCGCACGAGCUGCUGCACGAGGCGGCCGGGGCGGGGGCUACGAGCGGCGAGGAGGAGGGCGAGGAGGGCGAGGAGGGGGAGGAGGGCGACGGCGAGGAGGAGGGCGAGGAGGGCGAGGAGGGCGAGGGCGAGGGCGAGGAGGACGACGAGGAGGCGGCGGAGGCGGCGGAGGUGGAUCGCGAGUUGGCGCAGCUUGAGGAGGAGCUCGCCGAGCUCGAGAUGGCGGACGAGGCCGACGCGGGCGGCAAGGCCGACGGUGCGGAGGAGGAGGAGGAGGUGGCGCUCGUGCGGGCAGCUGCGCGGCGCGAGGCGACAGCGGAGGAGGCGGAGGCGUUCGAGCGCGAGAUGGCGAGCAUGAUGGCAGACACGCGCAAGGAGCGCCCCCGAGCGAGCGCCGACGCGGCGCCUCGCGUGCCGAUGACGCUGCUGCGCCCGGGCGGCGGCGGGGGCGGCGGCGGCGGCGGCGGCGGCGGCGGUGGCGGCGGCGGCGGGGGCGAGGGCCCAGGCGACCUCAAGCUUCGCGUCAUGUUCCGGAGUGGCGGCGGCAAGCAGCAAAAGGUGGAGGCGCCGCAGGUGGCGGUGCCAGUGGACGCGCCGCUCGCGAAGGCGGUGAUUCGGAUGGACGAGGCCGCGGCUGCCGAGCGGCGGAGGCUGAAGCAGCACAUCCUCGCCCGGCAAGACGACGCGGGAGGCGACAGCGGUGGGCCGCGCCUGGUCAGGAUCCAGCAGAAUGCGCCCGACGAGCAGGAGGGCAAGCCGUCCGGCGGCCGGCGCCACAAGAAGUGACGGCGGGACAGACGCGCGCUCGCUGGGCAGGGCAAGGCUGCCUCGGUCGCGCUUUGUGUUGGCUCGCGUCGUCGCGCACGUCGACACAGGCGCCCGAAUUAAAGCCGUUUUCUGUGAGCCUGGAUUCCCUCCCAGGAGAAGUGAGGGUCGCCGAGAACUGUAAGGUGCCUGAAUAAAAG